GCCCCCAGGCCCGGGGUGACCCCCAACUCAAUCCUGGUGAACAAGACCUUACAGCAGGACGCCCCAGCAUGGUGGGCAACAGGUUGCCACCAAAGACUAGCGCGGUGGUCAUCGACAUGGGCACCGGCACCUGUAAGGUGGGCUUCGCGGGGCAGGCCCAGCCCACCUACACCGUGGCCACCAUCGUGGGCUGCCAGCCCAAGAAGCCGGCCACCACGGGCCAGAUGGUGCUGGAGACUUUCAUUGGCGAGGCCGCGCUCGCGCGCCCAGAGCUGACGCUGGUCAAGCCCAUAAGGAACGGCAUCCUGGUGGACUGGCUGGCGGCAGAGUUCAUCUGGCGCCACCUGCUGGAGCACGACCUGGGCAUCGCCACCCAGGACCACCCGCUGCUGUUCUCCGACCAGCCCUUCAGCCCCUCCACCAACCGCGAGAAGCUGGUGGAGGUGGCCUUUGAGUCGAUGCGCUCCCCCGCCAUGUACGUGGCUUCGCAGUCCGUGCUGUCUGUCUACGCCCACGGGCGGGUCAGCGGGUUGGUGGUGGACAUGGGCCACGGAGUCACCUCCACGGUGCCCGUCUUCCAGGGCUACCACCUGCCCCACGCCACCGAGCGCCUGGACCUGGCGGGCACCCACCUGACUACCUUCCUGGCGGAGAUGCUGCUGGGCUCGGGCUUGCCGCUGGGGCAGCAGGACCUGGACGUGGUGGAGAAGAUCAAGCACAGCUAUUGCUACGUGGCCCCCGACUUCCAGAAGGCACAGGCCCGGCCCGAGCAGGAGUACCGGCGGGGCCUGCAGCUGCCCGACGGCCGGACGGUCACGCUGGGUAAGGAGCUGUUCCAGUGUCCAGAGCUGCUGUUCAGCCCCCCGGAGAUGCCUGGGCUGUCGCCCGUGGGCGUUCCCACCAUGGCUGAACGGAGUCUUAGCAAGGUGCCCCCGGAGGUGCGGGCACACCUGGCCCAGAACGUGCUGCUGUGCGGUGGCUCCUCGCUCUUCCAGGGACUGGAGGGCCGCUUCCGCAAGGAGCUGCUGCACAGCCUGAGCCCUGAAGCGCGCGUGGUGGUGGCGGCCGCCCAGCCCUCCCGGAACUUCUCGGUGUGGAUCGGGGGCUCCAUCCUUGCCUCUCUGCAGGCCUUCCAGUCCUGCUGGGUCCUGAGGGAGCAAUACGAGGAGCAGGGGCCCCACAUCGUGUACCGCAAAUGCUACUGA